AUGGGGUGGAUCCUGCUCACUUUGGUGCUGCAUGCAGUUGUGCUGGCAGUUCUUGCCAAUGCUCCAGUACAGAUUUUAGGAAUUGAAGGACAGCCCGUGUUCUUGAAGGCUAAAGUCCCUCCUGGCUUUCAUGUCAGGGAUACCAUCUGGAGGUUUCUGACCCCAGUAGAAGAGCUGUUGGCGAUCUCCUUCGAGGGAACCGCGCAGAUCCAGUACCAAUCCCGUUUCAACGGGAGGAGCCGACUCCACGCGAACUUCACUUUGGAGAUCAGUCCAGUGGCCCUGGGAGACAGCGGGACCUUCUCAGCACUGCUGGUGAACACAACGGGGGAGAUGGAGAAACAGAUCUUCCACCUGGCGGUCUACGGUACGGUCCCCCGGAGGAAGAGGGAUGUGGCUGAUGUGGUUUCCACACCAACCAUCCGAGUGUUCAGCGAGAACAGCAACCCAAACAGGUCGGCGGGAUCCUGUGAAUUAUUCCUGGCCUGUGCAGCAUCUAGGGGGACCAAUCUCACCUACAGCUGGGCAGGGUGCUGA